AUGGCUCCUCGAAGCUUCACCUUGAGGUCUCUGCUGGUCGGGAUCGUUAUUGGAGCUCUGAUCACUUUUUCGAAUACAUACUUUGGCUUGCAAACUGGCUGGAUCAGCACUAUGGCUAUGCCGUCAGCAUUAAUCGGAUUUUCGGUCUUCAAAGUCUUCUCCAAAUAUCUCUCCUAUCCAUUCACGCCCAUCGAGAAUGUGUUGAUACAAACAGUGGCCGGCGCUGUGGGGACAAUGCCUCUUGGCUGUGGCUUCGUCGGCGUUAUCCCUGCUCUGGAGUUUCUUAUAAGGGACGGAGAAGACGGUCCGUCAGGCGGCGAGGGUACUGGUGAGGGUGGCCCGCUGAAACUGAAUUUUGGCAAGCUGGUUCUCUGGAGCUUGGGAGUCUGUUUGUUCGGCGUUGUUUUUGCUGUUCCGCUAAGGAAGGAAGUGAUCAUUCGUGAAAAACUGAGGUUUCCUAGUGGAACAGCGUCUGCCUUGAUGUUGAGAGUUCUGCAUGGAAGUGGGCAGAGCGAAAAAGGUGCGAACUCUCGCAUUGACCAGUCGAUGGAGGACCAACGGGACGCAGAGGAUGUACAACCUUUACUGGCACAGGGUUCCGCACAAACGGAAGCUGUGUUGCAGCAAGAUAUGACUAGCACUGAUAACUUGAAAAGAGAUUGGAGGUCUAAAAUGCGUCUUUUGAUCGGCGCGUUCGUGGUCUCUGGAGUUUACACACUUUUCUCCUACUUCGUACCUCAAGUCCGCGACAUACCAAUCUUAGGCCUCCCCCUUGCUCAAAAUUGGCUUUGGACACUGAAUCCGUCUCCGGCAUAUGUCGGACAAGGGAUCAUUAUGGGUCCGUCGACCUGCGCUCACAUGCUUUUCGGGGCUGUAUUAGGAUGGGGUGUUUUGUCACCGCUUGCGAAAUCUCGCGGAUGGGCGCCUGGCCCCGUGGAUAGCUGGGAGAAUGGGAGCAAAGCUUGGAUUGUAUGGGUUUCGUUGGCCAUCAUGCUUGCAGACUCAAUCGUCAGCUUAGGCUGGCUGGUACUGAAGCCGGCUCUGGUAAUUGCGCCGAAGGUCCUAAAGAGGAUUUCAAAUACCCGAGCUGGAAGUUGGAUUGCUUCAAAAAGCCCUAAAAUUGUGCCCCGCUCUUACAACUACUCCGCGUUGAGUCCUAUAACAGAAGAGUCAUCAGGCCCGAGCAGUCUCGCGCACGCUGAAACGCGCUGGAGAGCCGAUGAGGAUGAAGAUGCGCCGCCAUCUCAACUCAUUUCCAUGCGUACGGUACUCUUUCUACUUCCCCUAACUCUGCUCCUGAACGUUAUUUGUAUGCACAUUGUCUUUGGCGAUGUCAUAUCUCCCCUCCUUUCAAGCCUUGCCACAUUGCUCGCUGUCCUUCUAUCAAUAAUGGGCGUCCGUGCGCUAGGAGAGACAGAUCUCAACCCGGUAUCUGGCAUCAGCAAAUUAACGCAGUUGCUUUUCUCGCUUGCAACCCCAUCGUCGCAUUUUUCGCGACGCACCGCCCUCAUAACUAACCUCCUUGCGGGUGCCGUAUCCGAAUCUGGCGCCCUUCAAGCCGGUGAUAUGAUGCAAGACCUGAAAACAGGCCACCUUCUCGGCGCGAGCCCCAAAGCUCAAUUUUAUGGCCAGAUAAUUGGCAGCCUUAUCGGUGCUGUUCUUUCUACGGCCGUCUACAAGAUGUAUGUCAACGUCUACCCGGUACCUGGCCCUAUGUUUCAAACGCCCACGGCAUACGUCUGGAUAUUCACCGCCCGUCUCGUCACUGGCCAAGGCCUGCCUCCGAUGGCGUGGGAAGCCUCCUCGGUUGCCGGUAUUAUUUUUGUAGCCAUCACCAUCCUCCGAAUUGUCGCUGCUUCACCGAUUGCCAACGGCGGCCGACCAGUUGGCACCCCCGCGCCUUGGCGAUCCUGGAUCCCUGGUGGUAUCGCCGUCGCCGUAGGCAUAUUCAAUGUACCGUCUUUCACCCUUGCUCGAGCCAUCGGCGGUCUUAUCGCGUGGUGGUGGUCUCGUGCCCACACAAACCACACAAAGAAGGAUGAUGGAUUCAAACCAGCAACUGAACCCGCUCAGUCGGUCCUAUCACGUCGACCAGUCGAAAGCGAGAAUCGUAAACCUACGUCUCCAGUUGCUGGCAACGCUGAUGAUGACGCCGAUGCCGCUUCAUCUAGCGUUGUCGUUUUGGCUUCCGGGCUGAUUCUUGGCGAGGGAAUCGUGAGCAUCGUGAAUCUCCUUUUGGCCAGUGGACGUGUUCCCCAUCUUUGA